AGUUGGACAUCUCUCUCUCUCUCUCUCUCUCUCUCUCUAGCUAGUACGGCACCGGUCGUCACAAGCUGUAUAUAGCCGUGUCUUCCUCGCCAUUACCCGGCUUGAUUUGAUACCUCCUCGCUCCAGCCUACCCAUCCAUGGACUUGGUGCCGAAACACCAGCAGCAGCAGCAGCAGCGAGGGAUCAAGGAGGAAGAGGAGAUGACGGUCUUUGCGGAGCACGGGGACCAGCAGGCGACUUCCGGGGCCGGCCACGGCGGCGGCGGCGGGCGCAGGAGCGAGAUCAAGGAGGUGGACUUCUUCUCGGCCGCCGCCGGCGGUGCCGUGUCUCGCCGCAUCACCGACGAGGACGACGGCGGGGAAGAUGGCGGUCGAGAGCCCGCAGGAGCAGUAGCUCGUGGCUGCCGUAACACCACGGUCAACACUGCACUGGACCUGCUGACCAGGCCGGCAGCGGGCGACGGCGGCGAGGGGACGGCGGCCAGUGGUCGUGACGACGAUACAGAGAUGGACGUGGCGGCGGUGGAGGGGGAGCUGCGGCAGGCCGGCGAGGAGAACCGGCAGCUGCGGCGGAUGCUGGAGGAGCUGACCCGGAGCUACGGCGCGCUCUACCACCAGCUCAUCCAAGCCCAGGCGGCCCAGCACCACCACCACCAGGCCAGCGGCGCAGCGAAGCCGAUGCUACCGACGUCGGGAGUGCAGUUCAUGGACCCCGCCGGCCGCGUCCCUCCGCCUCCGGCUCCGGCGAUGGCAGCAGGAGCGGCGUUCAGCGGUGAACGGGGGGGCGACUCAGAAGGUGGAAGCGGAAGCGGCGGCGAAGCGGGCCCGAACGAUGGGACGGGGACGCCUGAGCGCGGCGAGAACGCCGAUAACCGGGCGCCGGCGCCGGCGGAGGCGCCUCUGCGGAGGGCAAGGGUGUCCGUGCGCGCACGGUCCGAGGCCCCAAUGAUCAGCGAUGGAUGCCAGUGGAGGAAGUAUGGGCAGAAGAUGGCCAAGGGUAACCCAUGCCCCAGAGCUUACUAUCGCUGCACAAUGGCCACAGGAUGCCCAGUCAGAAAACAGGUGCAACGGUGCGCGGAGGACAAGGCGGUGCUGAUCACCACGUACGAGGGCACCCACAGCCACCAGCUGCCGCCGCAGGCCGCCGCGAUGGCCAAGACCACCUCAGCCGCGGCCGCCAUGCUCCUCUCCGGCCCGGCCGUCAGCCGCGACGCGGGCGCGCUCUUCGCCGGCCACCACGUCGCGGCGCCGCUCUUCGCCCAGUACCACCCCUACGCGUCGGCCGCCACGCUCUCCGCCUCCGCGCCGUUCCCGACGAUCACCCUCGACCUCACGCACUCGCCGCCGCCGCCGGCCGCGGGCCUGCUCCAGCACCGUCUGCCCACGCCGCCCGUCCCGGCCAUGCCGUUCCCGAUGCCGUACGGCUUCCCUGGUGCUGGUGGGCACAGGCUGGCGGCGGCGCCGGUGCCAGCCCCACACCCACCGGCCGGCGCGACGCUGCUGGGUUUGGACGGAAGGAACCGGUCGGCACUGGACACCAUGACGGCCGCGAUCGCCAGCGACCCCAACUUUACCACGGCGCUGGCGGCCGCGCUCUCGACGAUCAUGGCCGGAGCCGGAGGCGCUGAGCCACAAGCUCCUCACCUAAGCGGCGCCGCUGACGCCUCCGGAGAUGGUGGUAACGGUAGCGCCGGCACUGGGCCCGCCACGGCUGCGGCUGCCGGAGCACGUGAGACUGCAUUGCAUGCGCUUUUGCAAAGGCUUAAUGACAGCAGGCAAUGACAUUGGAACCAAAGCUCUCAUGCACCGCCAUCUGUGCAUAAAUCCGUAUACACACAUCGGCUUUAAUUUGUACGCUUAAUGUAUACCAUAGAGCCCUCUUAUAUACUUACUACGUUGUAGAGAGUUGUAAAUGGAUUAUAAUUGAGCUUUUAUAAAGGCAAUUUGAAUUUUCACGUA